GGCUGUCUGAGGCUGGUGUUACUGGUUUACCUCUCAGACUUGAGAAGAUGAGUGAUUUAGAAGAAGAGGACAGAUCAAAGUCUCCAGUCUCCAGCUCUCCCUCUAGGAAGAGUGACUGGAGUGAAGAUCCUCCAGACUUCAGUAAUGAACUUGAACCCUCAGACACAAAAGAGAGGAAGAGGAGUCCUGUUUCUGAGGAGGAGCAGCCGUCCUGCUGUGCUUUAUGUCAGGACGUCCUGAAGGAUUCUGUCUCUACCACCUGUGGACACUGGUUCUGCAGACAGUGCAUCACCUCAUACUGGGACCAGUCUGCUUCACCAGGAGACUCCUCGUGUCCCCAGUGUGGAGAAAGAUCCAGAACGAGAGCUGGACUGCAGUCAGCCAGUGAGACCAGCACUGUACAAGAAGCUGAUGGUCUGCAGGAGGUUUUAGAUGAACAUAAGAUCAGUCUGAAGAGGAGAUGUGAACAUGUGACUGAAGGAUCUGAUGUAACAGGAAGUGGAACCCUCCUCAACAGGAUCUACACUGAGCUCUACAUCACAGAGGGUCAGAGUGAAGAGGUUAAUACCCAACAUGAGGUGAGGCAGCUGGAGACAGCUUCCAAGAUGGAGGCCCUCCAUGACACUCCAAUCAAGUGCCAGGACAUCUUUAAAGUCUUACCUGACCAACAGGGACACAUCAGAGUGGUUCUGACGAACGGUGUCGCUGGCGUUGGAAAAACCUUCUCAGUGCAGAAGUUCAGUCUGGACUGGGCAGAGGGUUUGGAGAACCAAGAUGUCAGUGUGGUGAUUCUGCUUUCAUUCAGGGAGCUGAACUUGAUCAGAGAUGAGCAGUACAGUCUUCUGGAGCUGCUCCAUGUCUUCCAUCCAACAUUACAGAAGCUCACAGCAGAGAAGCUCGCCAUCUGUAAAGUUAUGUUCAUCUUUGACGGCCUGGAUGAAAGCAGACUUUCACUGGAUUUCAACAACAAGGAGGUUGUGUCUGAUGUCACACAGAAGUCAUCGGUCAACGUGCUGCUGACAAACCUCAUCCAGGGGAAUCUGCUUCCCUUGGCUCUCGUCUGGAUAACUUCCCGACCCGCGGCGGCCAAUCAGAUCCCUCCUGCAUGUGUUGAUAGGGUGACAGAAGUACGAGGCUUCACUGACGCCCAGAAGGAGGAGUACUUCAGGAGGAGGGUCAGUGAUGAAGAACGGUCCAGAAGAAUCAUCUCACACAUCCAGACAUCCAGGAGCCUCCACAUCAUGUGUCUGAUCCCAGUCUUCUGCUGGAUCACUGCUACAGUUCUGGACCACAUGUUGACUACAGAGCAGAGAGGAGAGCUGCCCAAGACCCUGACUGACCUGUACUCACACUUCCUGCUGGUUCAGACAAAGAAGAAGAAGCAGAAGUAUGAGGGACAUAAGAAAGAGUCAAACAAGCUGACCACGGCUGACAGACAAGUUCUUCUGAAGCUGGGGAGGCUGGCAUUUGAACAGCUACAAAAAGGAAACAUCAUGUUCUACCAAGAAGACCUGGAGCGCUGUGGUCUCGAUGUCACAGAGGCCUCGGUGUACUCAGGAGUUUGUACAGAGAUCUUCAAAAGAGAGAGUGUGAUCUUCCAGAAAACAGUCUACUGCUUCGUUCAUCUGAGCAUUCAGGAGUUUCUGGCUGCAGUCUACCUGUUCCACUGUUACACCACCAGGAACACAGAGGUACUGAGAACUUUUUUUGGGACAGACUGGGACAAUAACAACAGGAAAUCCAUCAAAAGUGGAACUGGCCCAUCCCUGGAUGACUUCUUGAGGAGAGCCAUGGAGAAAUCCCUAGAAAGUGAAAAUGGCCACCUGGACCUGUUUGUCCGCUUCCUCCACGGCCUCUCUCUAGAGUCCAACCAGAGACUGUUAGGAGGCUUGCUGGGUCAGACAGACAACAGUCCAGAAAUCAUCCAGAGAGCCAUUAAUAACCUGAAGAAGAUGAACACUAAUGAGAUCUCUCCUGACAGAAGCAUCAACAUCUUCCACUGUCUGACGGAAAUGAACGACCUCUCUUUAUUCCAGGAGAUCCAAGAAUUCCUAAAGUCAGAGAACAGGUCCGAGAAGGAACUCUCUGAGAUCCACUGCUCAGCUCUGGCCUACAUGCUGCAGAUGACAGAGGAGAUUCUGGAUGAAUUGGACCUGAAGAAGUACAAGACAACAGACCAGGGACGGCGGAGACUGAUUCCAGCUGUGAGGAACUGCAGAAAGGCUCAGCUUUCUGACUGUGGACUCUCAAAAACUCACUGUGAAGUUUUGGCCUCAGCUCUGAAGUCCAACUCCUCCCAUCUGAGAAAGCUGGACCUGAGUUACAACAGCCUGGGGGAUUCAGGAGUGAAGCAGCUGUGUGAUGGACUUCAGAGUCCAAACUGUAAACUGGAGACUCUGAGGUCAGGUCACUGACUACAGCUGUGUAGUUGUGUGUGUGUGUGUGUACUUUAAAUUCAAAUUCUUGACUGAGGUUCCACAUUUUUGGACCAUACAUUUUCUGAAUUUGCUUGAGCACCAAUACAUG